CUGCAAUUGACAAAAGGAUCAUUAAUAACCUUGACAGUUCCAUACUUGAAAUUUCCUCUUGGUUUGAAGAUAACAAUAAUGUUGGCGUUAGUAACAGCAAUGAUAAUAAUCUGGAAGAUGAACCAGAAAUUAAUAGAGAAGUAAUCGAUAAUGUUGAUGAAGUUAAUGGAAUGGAAAAUAGAACUAGAAGAUCAUAUCAGUAUAAGCCAGGAACAGUGGCCUUACGUGAAAUAAGACAUUACCAAAAAACCACCAAUAGAUUAAUUCGCAUGUUACCUUUUCAACGACUUGUAAAGGAAAUAGCUCAAAGUAUUAGACCAGAUAUUCAUUUCCAAUCUAUUGCAAUUAGUGCUCUACAAGAAGCUUCUGAGUCCUAUUUGGUUUCUUUAUUUGAAGGCACAAAUCUAGCUGCUAUUCAUGGUAAACAAAUCACAAUACAACCAAAAGAUAUGCAACUCGCACGUUGUAUUCGUGCUGUAUUUUUUGUUGAUCAAUAUUCAUCACUUCUGCCAUAUGUCACCAAAAAAAAGGUG